UUCAUAGUUACGCUCAGCAUACAUCCAUAACAUAGCUGCUGCUGCUUUCUCAUUAUGGAUUCUCUGCAAUCAAACGGUGGUGUUCUGACGUCAGUCCUCUUUGAUGAACUCAUCACUGAAAUUCUAUCGCGGCUUCCCGUCAAAACUCUGAUGCAAUUCAAAUGCGUUUGCAAAUCAUGGAAAACCCUUAUUUCUCAUGAUUCUUCCUUCACCAAAUUGCACCUUCACCGGUCGAGAUGUAACACCCAUCUAGCACUACUUUCAGACCAGGACAUAUCUGACACCAAGUGGGAUUUUAGUGUCGUACCCAUUCCCGUAAGUCGUAUCCUCGAGAUUCCGUUGAGGAAUAUCUCCAUUCCCAAGGAUCCUUCUUACUACCUAUUUACUAACAUGGAUUGUUGUUUCAUUGUUGGUUCCUGCAAUGGAUUAAUCUGUUUGAAUGGUGAUUCUUCGCCCACUGAGCCUCUAAACUGCUGGCUUCGUUUUUGGAACCCAGCUACAAAGACAUUAUCUGAGAAAUUAGGGUAUCCAACCAACUUUUUCAAGUUUAUUACAUUUGGCUAUGAUAUUUUAAAUGACACUUACAAGGUUGUGGCCUUCUCUGCCAACAAGGUCAACAUUUUCAGUAUGAGUGAUAAUGCUUGGAGAGAUAUUCCAACUUUUCCCAUUGUUCCUUUUGGGGUUGAGUCUGAACAUCUCGAAUGUCAUCCAUUUUUGAAUUGUGGCGUGUAUGUGAGAGGCACUAUUAACUGGUUGGCUAUUCGAAAUAUGACUGAUCAAUAUGAAUGGCGUGAUAUUACAAUUGAUCAAUUUGUGAUCGUCUCACUUGAUCUGGCCACGGAGACAUAUAGGCAGUUGCUGCCACCUAGCGGUUUUGUUGAAGUACCACCUAUUCAGCCAUUUGUAACUGUAUUGAUGGAUAGUCUAUGUUUUUCUCACUAUUUCAAAGGGACCCAUUUCGUUUUAUGGAAGAUGAUGGAAUUUGGAGUUCAAGAGUCUUGGACUCAAUUCUUAAAAAUUAGUUUUCAGGAUCUUCAAAUUGAUUAUGGCAGUAGUGAUUGGGAGAGAUUUGAGGAGCAAAUGUUCCUAUUACCAUUGUGUGUUUCUGAGAGUAACGACACACUGAUAAUGGCAUGCAAGCAAGAAGGCUAUGAUUUUGACGAACAACAUGCAAUUCUCUAUAAUUGGAGAGAUAAAAGAGUAAAGCAUACUACAUCUGUCAACAAUAAAAUAUGGUGGUUUUAUACCAAAGAUUAUGUUGAAAGCUUAGUUUCAUCCUCUUGA